GGCUGGAAGCCGCGGGGCUCGCGCGCCGCGGAGAGGCCGCUCACCCGGGAAACGCCGGGGCCGCGCGAGUGCGCGCAGAGCCUGGCCGCUAACGGCGGUGGGCACGGGAGCGCGCGGACCCGAGCCCCAGGCUGUGGCUGGCGCUGGAGGGAAGGGACACCGGGGCUGCUCGGGAGCCGAAUGCGGGAGUGAAUGCGACGAACGCGGAGUUGGCUGCCGGGAGCGGGCUCCAGCAGCAGGGGGCUGGGUCAGGCUGGCUUUGCCACAGCUGACCUCUCUGGUCAGGAGACGGAGACUGAGCUAGCCGUGGAUCGACUAGCCAGUGGAGCUCAGAGCAUCCCUAUUGACAUUCCUACCCAUGCCAAGGGCCCAAGUUCUGAAGAGGAAGGCUUUGCGGUGGAGAAGGACGCUGCUGGGGAAUUGUAUGCCUGGGAGCUGUCAGAGGGCCCAUCCUGCCCACCCAUAGAACAGCCUGCCGAUCUUUUUAAUGAAGACUGGGACUUGGAGCUGAAAGCGGACCAAGGGAAUCCUUACGAUGCUGAUGACAUCCAGGGGAGCAUUUCCCAGGAGAUUAAACCUUGGGUGUGCUGUGCACCACAAGGAGACAUGAUCUAUGACCCCAGUUGGCACCAUCCACCUCCACUGAUACCACAUUACUCAAAGAUGGUCUUCGAAACAGGACAGUUUGAUGACGCUGAAGACUAAAAGUGUCACUUUCUGCAGUGGGGGAGUUUUUGUGCCCUCCAGAUCAGGAGCUGUUUCCAGUUUUAAGUGAGAUACUCUUUCCAAGGCAUCGUUCCCAGUGACUCCUCAGUGUGGGCUACAGACAGGCAUCGACUGGGGCAUGUGGUUGUGCUUGUGGUUGUUGUUGUUGAUGGACUCUGGAGUGUGUUGGAAUUUUUGUCUGUGUUAGAGUUGUGUUCUUUAUAAAUAAAGUUAGGGGAAAUAACCUA